AUGGCUCGAGCUAUGUUACACAGGAAGAACCUUGCUCCCUAUUCUGGGGAGAGGCUAUCGAUACCACCUGUCACAUUAUUAAUAGAGAAAAAUCUUGGUAAAUUUGACACCAAGAGUGAUGAAGGAAUCUUUCUCGGAUAUUCUCAUUCGAGUAGAGUAUACCGGGUUUACAACAGUCAAACAAACACUGUCAUGGAAUCUAUAAAUGUUGUGAUUCAUAAUGAAUCCUCUAAUGUCAAGAUUCAACCACUUGAAAGUGAAGUGAAGCCUAUGGAAGUUGAAGAACCAGCUGUGGAGGAACUAGAAGAAAUAGUGGAAUUUGGUUCUCCAGAGUCAAAUGAUGAGCCCAAUAGUCUUAAAGUUUUGUAUAAAGAUACUCCUUCACGUCUAAUCUUGAAUCAUCCUAAGUAA